AUGCCUCCAGUCCAGAUGAGAAAGAUAGAUCCACUUCCAAAAAAGCAUAGACGUCUUAGGAAGGCUAUGAGGACGAGAAUAAGGAAGGGCAAGAGGAAGGAGAAAGUGGAGACCUUUAACCGCCCCCCCCCCAUCCUUCCAACAUCUUUUGUGCCACCACAAAGUGAAGAGGAUGAAGUGGUAGACACAAAGCUGGCUGUAUUCAGUGCCCAGGAAGAUGAUCGUGACCUUCCUAGUGAGGACAGGUUACUGAGUCAGCAGGAUGAGGGUGCCUGUGCGAUGCAUCAGGAGCGUCAGAUCGAGCCCUGUGAUCGCUCAGUGUUCCAGGAGCCGGGGCUGUCUUCUCGUGUAGUAACAUCCUUGGCAUCACCACCACUCUGCUUUGGUCGCUUCCUAAGCUGUGUCUGUCAGACCUUCUCGAGGUCUAGGAAGUGGAAGGCCCCCAGAAGAGAGGACAUGGAACAGGCUGAGGCAAGAGGUGAUGCUAAGGCUCUAAGACCUGCCCUGCUGAGGGGUCUGGGCAGAAACAGGGUGCAGCCUCAUGAAAGCCUGAAGCACGUUGAUGCCAAGAUGGCUUCUCCCUGUGUAAUAGUUUUGUAA